AUGGUGAACAUCUCAUCGAGGUCAGAUGAAAGUUAUAUUAGCUUGUAUCAGCUGGCGGAGGUGGUACGAGACCUUGAUGAAGAGGGCUUUAGGUUCUUGCUCACGUGCAGAGAAUCAGCUCCAAAUGCACCUUCUUUGAAGCUUUUUGACGAUUUUGAGAAGCUCAAAGAACAGCUAUACCUAGCAAGUCUUGUAAAAGAUGUCUCUUGUUUGCAGCUAGCUGAAGAGUCAGAACUUCAGAUGGAACUCUGUCGUCAACAUCAUACGUUGACCGAUCAAAUAUCUGCGGCCAAAGCUUCAUUGAAUGACCUUGGAGAGAAGAAUGAUAUCCUUGCUGAUCAGCUUGCGCAGUUGAGAACUGAAUUUCAAUUGAUUGUAUCUGAAAGGGAUGGCCUCCAAAAGCAGGUUCACGUUUCUAAAGGUGAGGUUGGAGAACUUUCUGAAAGAAUAAAUGAAUUGCAGACUAAUUUGGAAACAUCACUUGGUGAAAAUGCAAGUCUGUCUUCUGAGAUGGUUGACUGCAGGAAUUUGGUGGCAACUUUACAGGUUCGAAAUGAGAGCUUAAUAGGAAGCCUUAAUUUGCUAUCUGAAGAGAAUAAGAAGCUUUUGGAGGAGAAGGAGAAUCUUGUUUUUGAGAAUGAAAAACUGGGAACAGAGCUAGCACAGUCUAAAACUUUGUUCGGAUCACUGCAGUUGGAAAAUGCGGAGUUGUCAGAGAAUUUCACUUCUUUGAGUGAGGAGAAAAGGAAACUUGAUGGAGAGAAGGAGCAUCUACUCAGUGAGAAUGAGAAACUGCUUGCUCAAAUGUCGGAUCACAAAAAUGUUGUGGAAGCUCUUCAGGUUGAGAACAAGAACGUAAAUGAGAUUUUGAUAUCUGUAAAAGAAGCGAAAAAACAGCUUCAGGAGGAAAAACAGUCUUUGCUCAGUGAAACUGAGAAACUAGGGUUGGAAUUUCAGGAGUCCAAGUCUCUAGCUGAAGCUCUGCAGAUGGAAGUGGCCGAAGCAAAAGGGCAAUUGAUGGAAGAGAGAAACAAGCUUGAGGAGCAGAAUAAGUAUUUUCUCUCCGAGUCUGAGAAACAGUUAUUUCAGUUGGCAGAAUAUAAGAACUCGUGCAAUAAGGUGGAAGAUGACCUGAAAGACUUAACUCUGCGUAUUGAACAACUAACCGAGGAGAACAUGUAUCUGAAGAGAAGCUUGGAGUUGUUUGAAACGAUGAAGACAGAGUCACCUAACCAAAGUAGCUUUGCAUAUCAAUCUAGGGAAGCUGGACCUCAACUUGAAGUUUCUUGCCAGUCUAGCUCUGCACCCGCAAAUCUGAUUGAUGAUGAUGGUUCAAAAUGGUUUGGAGUUAUGAAAAGACACGAGGAGGAGGCAGAGAGAGUACUUGAAAAACUUGAGAAAGCAAUUGGAGAUAUGCACUCUCAGUCAGCUUCUAUGAGUAGGUCAUCUGGUAAAGCGGUUUCACCUGGUGUGUCGAAACUUAUUCAAGCUUUUGAGCCAAAGGACCAUGAUGAUGAGCACCACCCAGAGGAGCUUCAGUCAUUUGAAAAUCAAACAGAUGCAGAUCCUUAUGUGCUAAUUCAAGGGCUAACAAAAACAUUAAGAGCGUUGCUGAAAGAUUUGGUGUUGGAAGCUGGCAAGGGCUACCAAUUUCUUGAGGGAGAGAAGAGCUGCAAAACAGCCGCUGUGGUUGCUGCUGAAGAACUCAGGGCCAAAUUCCAGUCUCUGAAUGAACUUAUCGAUCUUUUGGAAGGAGCAAACAUUGAGCUAAUGGUUUUCAAUGAAUCUUUAGGGGGAUGUUUCUGGAAUGCUAAAGAAAAGGAGGGAGAACUUAUGGUCCUAAAUGAAGCUUUGCACAAGGAAGAAGUCGCCGCAAAAUCUGAGAACAAUAAGUUAAGGGGGAAUCUUAGCAGCUAUCAGGAAAAACUAUCUAUUUUGCAAAAUCAGCUGGGUGAAAUGCGUGAAAGCUGCAAAGAGAUGGGUUCUGAUAUUUCUAAUCAGGUAGAAGCGCUUUAUAGGGAAGUUGCUGACAGAGGAUCAAUACUCCGAGAAGAAUGGAACUCUACAAUUGAUCAGGUUUUUCAGACACUUCGGAGGCUAGAUUUGUCUGUUGAGACUGUUGGCUCCUCUUCGCCGUCAAGAAUAGACCAUGGUCUAGGGUGCAUAAACUUAAGUAGCCGUACUGCUGCAUCUAUCGAUGCUGCCAUCAAUGUGAUCGAGGCAUUGCAGGAUCAAGUUGAAGCUUCUCGCCAUGAGUCAGUGAGUACCUCCCGUGAAGUCAAUGAGAAGUUAGACUUCUUGCAAGUUGAAAAUGAAAGGUCUGCCGGUCUUUUGCAUAAGAUUUAUAGUAACCUCAAGAAACUUGUGAAUGAAAAGCCAGGGCAUCUACAAGAAGCUGAAGUUGACGAUCCUGAGAAACCAGUAGAUCUUUCUCAUCCUGGUGCUUUUGAUUCCCUACUGGAGCAGUUGCAAAGUUUUCUUGAUGAGAAAGCACAAGUUGAAUUUGUAAAUGGAAAGCUGAAGUCUGAGUUGAUGGCCAGGACAAAAGAUUUUGAAGAACUGAGCAAAAGAUCCUUUGAAUCAGAUUCUAUUUUAAAGAUGGUUCAAGUGGUUGAAGGAGUCAUUGCUUUAGAUAGCUUUGAAACCAACGUUAAUGACCCAGUAUCAUGUCUAGAGUCCCUGAUCUCUCUCCUAGUUCAGAAGUAUAAAGAGGCAACUGAAGAUGCGAGGUUGUCCAGGAAGGGAUAUGCUUCCAAGGAAGCACAAGUGAUUGAUCUGCAGGGACAAAUGGAUCACUUGAGCUUAUUACUUGUUCAAUGUGAAAAUGAAGUUGUUGUCCUCAGGGAAAGUUUGAAGAGAGCUGAGGAAGAGGUUGUAGCUAUUGGUUCGCAAUAUCAAGAGAAAGUUGCUGAUAUUGAACAGUCUGAGCAGCGGGUAUCAUCUCUAAGAGAGAAGCUUGGCAUAGCAGUCACCAAGGGCAAAGGUUUGAUUGUGCAGCGUGACAGUCUUAAACAAUCUCUUGCAGACACAUCCUCUGAACUGCAGAAAUGCUCUGAGGAGUUGCAGUUGAAAGAUGCAAGGCUUCAGGAAAUUGAAAUGAAACUCAAGACCUAUUCGGAGGCAGGUGAGCGCAUGGAAGCUUUGGAAUCUGAACUCUCAUACAUUCGCAACUCUGCUACUGCAUUAAGGGAGUCAUUCCUUCUCAAAGACUCUGUUCUUCAGAGAGUAGAGGAGAUUUUAGAAGAUUUGGAGCUUCCAGAGCAUUUCCAUUCAAAGGAUAUCAUUGAAAAAGUUGAUUUUUUGGCAAAGUCAGUUGCUGGGAACUCUUUGCAUCUGUCUGAAUGGGAUCAGAAGAGCUCUAUUGGAGGAUCAUACUCUGAUACUGGAUAUGCACUCACUGAUGGAUGGAAAGAGGUGGCACAGUCAAACUUGGGAUCUUCCGAAGACCUUAGAAGAAGAUUUGAGGAGCUCCAGGGCAAGUUUUAUGGGUUGGCAGAACAAAAUGAGAUGCUUGAACAAUCCUUGAUGGAAAGAAACAACCUUGUCCAGAAGUGGGAAGAGAUCUUGGACGGGAUAGAUAUGCCUUCACACUUGAGAUCUAUGGAGCCAGAAGAUCGGAUUGGUUGGCUAAUGCUUGCGUUUUCAGAAACUCAAAACCAGUACAACUCUCUCCAACAAAAGUAUGAUAAUUUUGAAUCAUCAUUUGCAUCAGCAAGCGCUGAAUUGGAAGAGUCACGCAGAAAAAUAUCUGAGCUUGAGAGUGCAUAUCAAUUGGUUGUCAGUGAGAAAGAGUUGCUUUUGAAGAAUUUGGAGUCUCUUAACUUUGAUUAUGAGGAAAUGUCAAGGAAAACUGCCCAAUCUGACAUAACUAAUGAUGAUUUGCGGAGCAGAGUAGGUGACNACGGAGCAGAGUAG